AUGAUACAGCGAGCCAUGGGCAGCAUCCGAGUCAACCGGUAUAGCAUCGUCUCGACUGAAGAGGAUGGACACAAGGUCUCCGCACUAGGCAGCAUGAAUGGGCACAGCCGGAACGGGAAGGGCCAUGCCCCCCGGCGGAAGCACCGCAACCGCUUUGUGAAGAAGAAUGGCCAGUGCAAUGUCUACUUUGCCAACCUGAGCAACAAGUCUCAGCGCUACAUGGCCGACAUCUUCACCACCUGUGUGGACACGCGCUGGCGGUACAUGCUUAUGAUCUUCUCUGCCACCUUCCUGGUCUCCUGGCUCUUCUUUGGCUUCCUCUUCUGGUGUAUCGCUUUCUUCCAUGGCGACCUCAAUGCACCGGCAGUGGGAGGUGGUCCCUCUCUCCUCAAGCCCUGCAUCAUGCACGUGAACAGCUUCCUAGGGGCUUUUCUUUUCUCAGUGGAGACACAGACAACCAUUGGGUACGGCUUCCGCUGUGUGACUGAGGAGUGCCCGCUGGCCAUCAUGGCAGUUGUGGUCCAGUCCAUUGUAGGCUGCGUUAUUGACUCCUUCAUGAUUGGCACCAUCAUGGCCAAGAUGGCGAGGCCCAAGAAGCGGGCCCAGACCCUCCUCUUCAGUCACCAUGCGGUCAUCUCUGUGCGGGAUGGCAAACUGUGCCUCAUGUGGCGGGUGGGCAACCUGAGGAGGAGCCACAUUGUAGAGGCCCAUGUCCGAGCCCAGCUCAUCAAACCCUACAUGACAGAGGAAGGGGAAUACCUCCCCCUGGACCAGCGGGACCUCAAUGUGGGCUAUGAUGUGGGCCUUGAUCGUAUAUUUUUGGUCUCACCCAUUAUUAUCGUUCAUGAGAUUGAUGAGGAGAGCCCGCUCUAUGGGAUUGGCAAGGAGGAGCUGGAGACGGAGAACUUUGAGAUUGUUGUUAUCCUGGAGGGGAUGGUGGAAGCCACAGCCAUGACCACACAGGCACGAAGCUCUUACCUCGCUAGUGAAAUCCUUUGGGGUCACCGUUUUGAACCAGUUGUGUUUGAGGAGAAGAACCACUACAAAGUGGAUUAUUCGCGCUUUCACAAGACCUAUGAGGUAGCCGGCACGCCUUGCUGCUCAGCCCGGGAGCUGCAAGAAAGCAAGAUGACUAUCCUACCUUCUCCCCCACCUCCCAGUGCCUUCUGUUAUGAGAAUGAGCUGGCUCUUGUCAGUCAAGAUGAAGAUGAAGACGAUGACGAAGUGGGUGUGGUGUUAGGGGGCAGCACUAAAGAAGAGGGGGGCGUCAUCCAGAUGAUGGAUUUUGGAAGCCACCUGGACCUUGAGCGGCUCCAGGCAACUCUGCCCCUAGAUACAAUCUCAUACCGCAGGGAGUCAGCCAUCUAACUCCUCCAGCCUCCCCAUUCCACACCCGUUGCCCAUCAUCUCCUCCUCCGUUCUGCACCUGUAUGUAGCUGGAUAAGUCCCUUGCCCACCAAAAAAUGCCUCCUGUGACUGUCUCUCAGCCCCUGAGUACAUCAAGGCCUGGAGCUGCUCUGAUAUACUCCUUUUCCCGUGAAGUCAUACUGCCUGGAAGAGGAGUGAGGAUACACUACUCUUCCCAUGUGUGCAGCUUGUGGUAGGACCCCUUUCCUACCCAGAGACAGGAGAGCAGCACACCUGGUUUCUCACCUCUGGAGAGGCGACAGGAGUCCCUGCCCUCAAUGGACGGACCAGGACCCGCAGCAAGUGUUUCUGCUGCUGAGGCAACAGCAGACUUUCUGUCCCCUCUUGACGUGGGUAGGCCCCAUGGCUGUCAAGAGUCAUGACCGUCACUAGGAGAGGAGCGAUACCUAAGCACUGACC